AAAUAAGUGCUCUAUACACAAAGUUUUAAGCCAAAACAAACUUGAAAAUCAAAACAUAACCUCUACAUAAUAUUGCUUGUUUAUAAUAUUGCGAUGUCUGAUGCUUGGGAAGAAAUCCAAGCAAUUAAAAAUAAACGAAAUAGUCUCAGAGAACGUUUAGAAAAGCGUAAAAAAGAACGUCAAGACAUCCUAGGUACGAAUUUAACUACAUCUUCACCCACAACAUCCGAUGGAAGCCCUCAAAUUCCAACCUUUCACAAAGAAGAUACAAAAACGAAACAAGAAAUCGAAGAGGAUUUAGUAAAAACCGAUCCAACAAUAGAAUAUGAACUUUUAAAAGUUUUAUGUGAAGUAACACUUCAAAUACCAACCACUUCUACCGAACUGGUUGAUUCAUUAAAAAUAACUUCGUUGCAAAGAGAUGCUUUGCAUAAGUUGGUUUUUAAUUUACUACAAAAGUUUGCAACUCAAAGACUUAUUACUGUUAAAGAAUUGAUUAAAGAUGAUGGUAGUAUUAUUGAAAUUACUAAUGUCGAACAUACAAAAUUAAAUGCUAUGUUAGCUGAAGAAAUUAAAAGUUUGCCUGCUGAUUAUGAGAGUACAAAGAGAAAACGCGAACACUCUCCUAUUGUUGAAGAAGAGGAGAGAAAAAAGAAAGAGAAAAAGGAUCCUAAAGCAGAAGAUAUUUUGUCAUUAUUAUCAAUGCCAUCAACAAAAGAAAAAGAAAGUAAAAAGCUUGGGGAAGAAAUUCUUGACCUUCUUAGUAAACCAACUGCAAAGGAACGAUCAUUGGCUGAACGAUUUCGUUCACAAGGCGGCGCGCAAGUUAUGGAAUUUUGUCCACAUGGCACUAGAAUCGAGUGCCAAAGAAACGCUGGAACAUCUCAAUGUAAAAAACUACACUUUAAAAAGAUCAUUCAAAAACACACGGAUGAAGCUUUGGGUGAUUGUUCCUUUUUGAACACUUGCUUUCACAUGGACACUUGCAAAUAUGUUCACUAUGAAGUUGAUCGCACUGGCCAAGAUGUUGUCCCAGUAUCACAUCAAAACAGAAGAGUAGUUGGCACGGAAGGGACCACUUUGUAUCCACCCCAAUGGGUCCAAUGCGAUUUGAGAUAUCUUGAUAUGACGGUUUUAGGGAAAUUUGCUGUUAUUAUGGCUGAUCCACCGUGGGACAUCCAUAUGGAGCUUCCAUAUGGUACCAUGUCAGAUGAUGAAAUGCGACAAUUAGGUAUUCCUCAAUUACAAGAUGAAGGUCUAAUUUUUUUAUGGGUAACUGGAAGGGCUAUGGAAUUAGGUAGGGAAUGCUUAAAAUUAUGGGGUUAUGAACGUGUCGAUGAGAUAAUUUGGGUGAAAACAAAUCAAUUACAAAGAAUUAUAAGAACAGGAAGAACCGGACAUUGGUUAAAUCACGGUAAAGAACAUUGUUUGGUCGGGAUGAAAGGAAAUCCGAAAAAUUUGAAUAGGGGUUUAGACUCAGAUGUUAUUGUGGCCGAAGUAAGAGCGACGAGUCAUAAACCAGAUGAGAUUUAUGGAAUGAUUGAAAGGUUAUCGCCGGGAACGAGAAAGAUUGAGCUUUUUGGACGGCCACACAACAUCCAACCUAAUUGGAUUACAUUAGGGAAUCAGGUUGAAGGGAUUAAAUUGGUCGAUGAGGUUUUAAUUGAGAAUUUUAGGAAACGGUAUCCAGAUGGAAAUUGUAUGGCUCCACCUCCGCCUGAUAGUGCACAUUAAUUUUAAUAGAUUUUAUGUGAUUGUAUAAUUUUAUAACUGAUUUUGAAAAUAAAGACAUUUUAUUU